UUUUUUUUUAUAUAUGAACAAGACUAGUAAACUACUAAAGCCUUAUUUGAGAAAAUUUGUUUUAGAAACUCAUCCAGACUUUUUUCAAUAUAAUUCAUUAAGAAAACAAACCAAUGCCACUUCCUUACAAAAAUUAUAUAAUAUACUUCAACCAGACAAAGAUACAAAAUUUGAUACAGAAACAAUUAAGCUAAAAUUCUUUAUAAAGAGUCAAAAGAAGCAUAAUAAAGAAUUGCCAGCAGCUGUUGCUACAUUUAACUAUCGUGAUUCAGAAUGGAAUAAAGCAAAUACAUUUCUUAACCUAUGUCAGCAACUUAAUAUACCCAUUUUACAGUCUGAUGUAGACAUUGUUAAGGAAAUGAUAUCAAAGGAACUAAAUAAGGCUAUUAAAUCCAAGCCAUAUAAAUCUUUAACGCAAGAAUUUGCAGAGAAACUGCAUCAGAAAUACAAUGCAUACACAAAUAAGAAAUGGGAGCCCGAUGAUAUACUAAAGCAAAAGAUGAUCAUGUUUGAUCCACUUGUAAAUCAGACAUUAAUAGCUAAGAAAUUAUGUCAAUGGCUACCUCAAUUACAACCUCAGCUAUGGUGGGGUAAAAUACCUAUGCUAAUAAUCUCAUCUAAUUCUGAUUUACCUCCUAAAGAAUUAACUAAAGAUUUAUUAAUCUUUAAAAGUAAUAUGGAAUUCGAAGAUUUGAAGAAUUACCUAGACGUACGUUUGAAGAAUAUAACAAAAUAAAACCAUUAUUAGCAGAAGUAAAUGAUGAUCAUAUUGUAUUGUUUAAUAUUAUGAAACUUUCCGUUUCUCUUUUCUUUUUUUGCCCCUGGUUAUUGUUGUAUUUCCUUGUCGUCGUAAAUUGCUUUAAGAAGAAGCAUUAAUAUGAUUGGACAAAACUUAAAAGCGGGGCUUU